AUGUUCGGCCAAACCAGCAGCAACACAAGUAAGAACCCUUUUGGUAGCACAACCCAAUUCCAAUUUGGUGCCCAAACAAGUAGACCUUUUGGAGGAGCUUCAACCAGAUUCGCACCAUUCGAUGCUUCAACUGCUCAAACAAGUAGGUCCUUUGGUGAAUUUGUAACCACAACUCAACCAUCACAACCAGCUCAGAGAGGCAGUAGUCAGUUUUCAUUUGGCACUAGUACUGUUCCUGCUUUUGGCCAAAAAUUUGGUGCUUCGAGUUCUCCCUUUGGGGCUCAAUCAACAACACAAGCAGUUGGAAACACCGCUUCUGCCGGAGGCCAACGCCAGGGAAGUAGAUUGGCUGCUUACGAAGUCACACAUGGACAAGACCUUAGGGCCCCCGGAACGUUUCAGUUACUGUCAAUAUCAGCAAUGCAAGUUUACGAGAGCAAAAGCGUGGAGGAAUUGCGAUUUGAAGAUUACCAGUUGGGGGAUAAAGGUGGAAAAGCUACCAUGAAGACAAACACCCCUUGCAAUCCUACACCAUCUUUUCCCUUUCCUCAAACAUCUUCUUCUUCUUCACCUUCACCAUCAAUUUCAUCAACUCCAGCAACCAAUGCUUUUAGAUGCUUUACUUCUAAUUGGAGUACUUCAUCUUUACCAUCGAUUUGUUCAUCAAGUCCAGCAAUCAAUGCUUUUACAUCCUUCAAUUGUUCAUCGUCAAGUCCAGCAAUCAAUGCUUUUACAUGGACUUCAUCUUCACCGUCGACUAGUUCAUCGCCAAGUCCAGCAAUCAAUGCUUUUACAUGGACUUCAUCUUCACCGUCGACUAGUUCAUCGCCAAGUCCAGCAAUCAAUGCUUUUACAUGGACUUCAUCUUCACCGUCGACUAGUUCAUCGCCAAGUCCAGCAAUCAAUGCUUUUACAUGGACUUCAUCUUCACCAUCGACUAGUUCAUCAUCAACUCCAGCAACCAAUGCUUUUAAAACACCACCAACACCUACACCACCCUUUUCUUCCUUUCCUUCUCAGCCUUCUUCAAAUCCAUUUAAUACCUCCAAUAGUACUCCUCCUCCAUCUUCCUUUCCUUCUUGGACUUCUUCACAAUUAACUAGUCCAUCACUUCCAGCGAUCUUUACCUUUACAACACCUACACCUUUAAUCCCACAGACACAAACAUCCACUAGUACUCCGGCUCCUCCUCCUUCUUCUAAGCCGCUUUUCGACUGCUUUAAGACUCUUCAACCUAAUACUACCCCCGGCUCAAACAUUUUCAAUCCAACACAGCCGCAGCCAAGCAACACACCCAUUCUUCAGCAGAAUAACUUAGUACAACAACCAGUACUAGUACCUGCUACAAAUCCAUUUGGAACCCCUCGCGCAACACCUCAGGUGUCGGAUGGUGGUACUGUUCAGUAUGGAAUUUCAAGCAUUCCUGUUGUGGAUAGACCUGCGCCGGCUAACGUUAGGGUCUCAUCUUUGUUGACUGCUAGACAACUGGUACAAAGGCACAUUGGUUUUCCUGCUGCAAGUUCAAGAAUAUAUGAUCUUUAUAAGAAUAAGAAUGGUAGUAGUCAUCCCAAGGUCCCUUUUUUCAGUGAUGAUGCUGAUCAAGCACCCAACGCGCCCAAGAUCAUGCUCUAG